AUGCCUGCACAAAAGGCCCCAGUCUCUCCCUCGAAAUCUGAUCCCCACAUCACACUCAAUGGCCAUCAUAAUCACGACGACUCAAAUGGCGAGCCAUGCAUCUUAGAACUCCCGGACGGCAAAAAGGUCAAAGUUCCCUCUUAUGCCAAUCUUCCAGCAGUCCCUGGCCUUCCCGCUGGCUGUACCUGGGGUUUGUGGGACAAUCUCUUAGGUCUUGAUGCGCCCGACGAACUAGGCACCCUCAAUCUCUUGACCCCCGGGACCGUUCUAGCCGCGAGGCAGGAGAUCCAGCAUGGAAUCAGCGUGGCGAUCAACUGGUCGUUGGAUAAUUGUCAGACGCCGCAUUCGAACAGAAGACCGCCCAGCCACAAAAUCAUGUCCUUGCGGGCGGCGCAGGGGGACGACUGUCCUUGGAUAGGUCAUGAUGAUGAGGUGUAUAUGAAUACGCAGAGUGGGAGUCAGUGGGAUGGGUUACGACACUGGGCGCAUCAGGCGACCGGGUUGUUUUACAACGGCGUAAAGGCCGAGGAAAUCACCGGUCCGAAUGCCAAAGUCCGCAAUGGUAUUGAUCAAUGGUCAAAGAAAGGGGGAGUCGUCGGCCGAGGCGUACUCCUCGAUUACCUCUCUUGGGCACAAGAACAAGGCAUCUCAUACUCGCCCAUUGAGCGGCAUGCCAUCUCGGAGAAAGACCUCGAGGCAGUUGCUGCGUGGCAGGGGACCAAGUUGCGACAUGGGGAUAUAUUGCUCAUUCGGUCUGGCUUCGUCCACUGGUACAGAGAAGCUACCAGCGAGGAACGGCGAAAGGGCACGGUGGAAGGAUCGACCUGGGCUGGCGUCGAGGGCACCAAAGAGUCGGUGGAGUGGCUGUGGAAUCGGCAUUUUGCGGCCGUGGGAGGUGAUGCGAAUGUGUUCGAGGCAUGGCCAGCGAAGAACGAGAGGUGGCGAUUGCAUGACAACCUGAUUGCUUUGUUCGGCAUGCCCGUCGGAGAGAUGUUCGAUCUCGACGAACUUGCUGAGAACUGCCGGAGGCUGAACAAGUGGAGUUUCUUCUUCACCAGUGCGCCGCUGAACUUUCCCGGGGGCGUCGCGAGUCCGCCAAAUGCCAUAUGCAUAUUGUGA